GCACACGUUGCUUUGCUUUUUUCCCAGCGUGAGUUUUCAGGGUUUCCUGCAGGUCUGAGUACGCUUGACAGCGAAGCCCAGAGCCGUAACAGCCAGGUAAACAGAACAGGGGCGUGUUUCCCUCAGUGGAUCAGACCAUCAGGAGCCGAAUUACCCAUCAGCCCCAGAGGGUCACCAGUUUGGCAGCGGGCUGUCUCUCAUCCCGGCUUCGUUGGACCUGAUUGCGGCUCUGGUUCAGGUCCUGGAUUUUCACUCGCAUUUUCUCAAGACUCGUUCAGACAGAGCGCGUGAGGAGGAGCGAGGAAGAGUAGGCGGAGGAGGAUGGACGGCGGGAAGAGCGCGCUGCUGCGGUCCGCGCGGCAGAGCAUCAUCUCUUGCAGCGAGCCGAACUGCACGGCGCGCAACACGGAGACCCUGGCGCUGUCUGCGGCAUCCGCGUGGAGCGGCAACGGCUCGGCGGUGGAUGCGCACCGGCUGCUGGAGCUCCAGCUUCCCGCCUCGGCCGCCCCAACGGAGGCGAUGGUGCCUGAGGCCAAGCACCCCUUCCCCACAGUGGACGUGCCCGACCACGCCCACUACACCAUCGGCUCCGUCAUCCUCGCCAUCGGCAUCACCGGCAUGAUCGGCAACUUCCUGGUCAUAUACGCCUUCUGCAGGAGUCGCAGCCUGCGGACGCCCGCCAACAUGUUCAUCAUUAACCUGGCGAUCACAGACCUGCUGAUGUGCGUCACCCAGGCGCCCGUCUUCUUCAUCAACAGCAUGCACAAGAGGUGGAUCUUUGGAGAGAAAGGUUGCGAGCUGUACGCGUUCUGCGGCGCUCUCUUCGGGAUGUGCUCCAUGAUCACGCUGACGGUGAUCGCUGUCGACCGCUACUUCGUCAUCACGCGACCUCUGACCUCCAUCGGCGUGAUGUCACGGAAACGGGCCCUUCUCAUCCUCACGGCGUGCUGGGUCUACACUCUGGGCUGGAGCCUGCCGCCGUUCUUCGGCUGGAGUGCCUAUGUCCCGGAGGGCCUGCUGACUUCCUGUACGUGGGACUACAUGACCUUCACCCCAUCGGUGCGAGCGUACACCAUGCUGCUCUUCGUCUGCGUCUUCUUCCUGCCGCUCUUCAUCAUCAUCUAUUGCUACGUCUUCAUCUUCCGCGCCAUCCGCAGCACCAACCAGGCUGUGGGGAAGAUUAGUGGCAGCAUUCACAGUCGCGGCAGCACUCGCGACUCGGUGAAGAAUUUCCACAGGCUGCAGAACGAGUGGAAGAUGGCGAAGAUCGCUCUGGUCAUCAUCCUGCUCUACGUCAUCUCCUGGUCGCCGUACUCCUGCGUCGCUCUCACCGCCUUCGCCGGGUACGCAGACAUGUUGACUCCCUACAUGAACUCUGUGCCCGCCGUCAUCGCCAAGGCCUCGGCCAUCCACAACCCCAUCAUCUACGCCAUCACACACCCAAAAUACAGGUUAGCGUUAGCCAAGUACAUCCCGUACCUCGGCAUCUUGCUCUGCGUUCAUCCUCAAGACUUCCGCUCGGCCAGCAGCAGCUUCAUGUCGACGCGCCGCUCAACGGUGACCAGCCAGACCUCCGACAUCGGCAGCCAGUUCAGGCAGCAGAGCAACGGCAAGUCCCGCCUGUCCUCCGUCUCCGACAGCGAAUCGGGUUUGACAGACACUGAGGCUGAUCUGUCCAGUAUGGGCUCCAGACCAGCCAGCCGCCAGGUCUCCUGUGACAUCAGCAGGGACACCGUCGAGCUCCCCGACUUCAAACCCUCCUCCAGCUUCAAGUCCAAGAUGAAGAGCCACGACUCAGGCAUCUUCGAAAAGACGUCCUGCGACACUGAUAUCUCCAUGGCAGCAGUCAGUGAGCGCGGCAGCAUCCCAAAUAACGGGGAUUAUGCAGAGGGACACGUGAUGAGAGGCGCGAUUGGUCGAAUCCCGAGCAUCGUCAUCACCUCUGAGUCCAGCCCCUUCCUUCCCAUUGGACGAAAUGGUUCCUGCAAUGCCCGCCCCAAGACAGCCAACAACAACACAAGGACGGGGUCUGGGUAGUGCCCCGCCCUCCCAGCUGAUCACCUGCAGCCACCUGAUCAGCUCACAUCCAGUCAGAUAUUUAGAAAUGUUGAGUUCAAACACGCAGACGGGGUUCACCUGAAGCUCAGACACAAACAAAGCCAUCAGAGGAAGUCAUUACGUUUUAAAUUUACGAAUACGAAGAAAUGGACGGGCGGUAUCAACUGACGUACAACAGUACAGUUAUAUAUUAUACCAGCUAAAGUGUAUUUAGUUAAGUUGCUCUUCAAAAAUGUUGUGAAUUAUUGGUUAGAGAAAAUAUAAUCACCCUAAAAUAUUUUAAUUAGUUUAUUUAACCUUUAAAGCCCUAUUACUGGCAUUUCUUUUAUAUUAAAGGCCACACCUACACGGUGUUUUUAGUAAUUCUGGCUGAUUAGACCCCUGUGUGUCGAUAGUACAAACAAGUUAGUGCAGUACAAAGCCUCCGUACUAAUAAUAACGCCCACACAGUCCUGAGAAGACGUCUAAUCAGGCAAAUUAAGUAAAAACUGUGGCUGUAUAAUCUGUGUACGACUCUUAACAUUGAAUAAGAAGACUGUGUAAUAUGAAAUUGUUCCUUAUAGAACUGAAACCAACCAGGUAUCUGAGGGUGGAUUUUUUUUAAGUUUAACCCAAAGAAAAUCAUUUUCCUGCAC